CUUUGCCGUCAGUGCAAAUAUUUAUAAUGUUAGUUAUCUCUGCUCAAAUACUGGGAAGUUUUGGCCACUUCUGAAGUUGAUUUAACAAUGCGGUCUGCUUUCAAGUGCACCAAGAUUGACGAGGCAGGCUAGCCUCCCGCUCCGCGUUCAAACGUGUAAAGACGAAGGUUGAACACCUUCAAGUAGGGCAACCAAAAAUCUCAUUUCCACUCACAGUACCUAAUUUGGGUCAAAGAUUGCAGAGAUACAAGUCACGAAAGGUCGCAUGGGCGACAUGGAAUGGGCAAUUUAGGGUUACAAAGUCUGUACAUAGAAGCUGUUCUUGCCGAAAUGCGUUUAAGUGGGAAUACUUGAUGAAGGAGUGAAAGCAUUCCUAAAGUACGAUUUUGAGCGAUAAAUCAAUCAAAUACGAAUUGUCUACUUUAAGACCCUUCAUGGACUUACUCACCUGACCGCCAUCGCGUUGAAUAUCUAGCCGAUGAAGACUCUGUGGACUUUUGCCUCGCCUUUCACAGUGGACGUUAGCGCUCCUGCUUCAGCAAUUUAUGUCAUCGAUGACUGCUGCCUUAUAGCUAAGCUGUUUAUCGCUCUUGAGAUCAGAGUAGUCGAUCAGCAGAUUGCUAUCAGCAAGAUUUUGGAUAACGUGAGAAGCAAGUGCACCAAGAGUAAAGAUUCGGACGAAGCCUUGGUCGUCAUGGACUUCAAGAUGAAGCUCGAAACUUUAUACUUUUGAGAAUAGACGAUCGGGCAUGAAGGGGAUUAGUUGGCAUGGAGUCAUGGUGCAGUGCUUCACCUAUGAACAAGCCGAGUAGGGGGAAGUUGCGCUCGUUACGGAUAACAAGAUUUUCUUUGAUCACGUUUCAUCAGGAGACAACAAACAAGACAGGGAGUCCAUGAAAUCAAUGACCGAAGCGAUUCUGAUGCGACUGAAGAAGGAGCUUCCAUAAUAGUGCUUCAGUCUGAUAACGCCACCUGCUACCAAAUAAACGGUUGCCCUUGAUUCUUCAUUUCCUGAGUAUUGUGCACAAAAUAGAGAUUGUGCGCUCUAUCCAUAUUGAGACGCAAUUAGCAAGUCGCUCAUUUUGCCAGAUGAAUGAAAGUACCAAGGUCAUGGGUAAAGGAAGGCAAUAAUUGCGUCACACCAACCUGGGGUACCGAACUGCAUUGUAGAGCUCGUCGAAGACAACCGAGACCGGCUCUUUGAGCUUGCAAAACAAUUCGAAGAGAUGGACAGGCAAUUGUAGCGAUUAGCACGGGCCAAUGGCUCUAAUUCCAUGACGAGCGGCGACUCGGCCAGAAUAAGGAAAGGGUCCCGACAGCAUUAGAUCCGGUGCGCUACUGUAGCUGCCCAGACUACUCUCACGGCUUUUCGAUUUUAUCUAGAUUGGAGACGGUUUCAAUGCAAGCCAUCUCAGAAUCCGUGCGUGCCUGAAGCAGUAAUAUCGUCGAAGAAGGAAGCCUAGGAGAAGACUCUGAUGAGGAAUGAGAGGUUGGACAGACUGCAUGGUUGGCAAAAGAAGGGCGCGAAUAGCAAGAAGAUGACGACGGUGAUGAAGGACAGUCGGGUGACGACGAUACAGGGGCUUCCCACCGAAAAUCUUGACUCCAGGUCAGUUAAGUACUCAGUUAAAUAUAACUUCAAAAGCGACUAAUAUUUGAAAUUAAGUCUGAUUAUAAAUAAUACUAAAUUUAUCUG